CGAUCGUGAAUCAGAGAGACUUUGCCGGAGAAUCCAACGCUGCCCCCAAAACCCUCGCUCUCUCUCUCUCUCUAUCUCUUCUCCAGUGCUUCUUGCCGCCAUGUCGACCAGCGCCGACGGCGGUGCGGCCUCCUCUGCGGCAUCGGACGAUCCAUUCAUCGCGCCCCCUGCUCCGAUCCCUGAUGAUCCGACAUCGCCUUCUGCUGCGGGCCUCACGCAAGCCUUUCCUUUCUCUUCCGGGAACCCUACAAUCGAGGAAACUCGAGGAAUCAUGCAUCUCUACCAUGAGGACGCCUCAUCGCCUUCUACUCUACCGGUUGAUAGGAAGCCUGUGGUGUGCGUUCUUGCUGUGCCGAAUCACAUGACCUACGCUGACUUCUGCCAGUUCUGCGGAUCGUUUAUUAUGCACAUGCUCGAGAUGCGGGUGGUCAGGAAUGAUGGAUUUGAGGAUCAUUAUUGUGUGCUUAUAUGGUUUGACGAUCAGAGGUUAACUGAUGAAUUUUAUUGUCAUUUCAAUGGGAAGCCAUUCUCUUCACUAGAUGAUGAUAUUUGUCACAUCCGUUUCACUGUAGAUGUGCAGUAUACAGGAUCGAUAGAACAUGCACAGAGCUCUGUUUCGAGCUCAGCAGAGCAACCCACCUGUCCAGUCUGUCUUGAGAGAUUUGACCAAGAUACAAGUGGGAUUCUCACAACAAUCUGCAAUCAUUCUUUCCACUGUUCUUGUAUAUCAAAAUGGACAGAUUCUUCUUGUCCGGUUUGUAGGUACUGCCAGCAACAACCCGAAAAGCUAGUGUGUUCUGUUUGUAGAAUUUUUGAGGAUCUGAGGAUGUGUGUCAUCUGUGGCUUUGUUGGCUGCCAAAGGAACAAUGGGGGACAUGCCGAAGAACACUGGAUGGAAACACAGCACUGUUAUUCACUUGAGUUACAAUCGAGAAAAGUCUGGGAUUAUGCUGGAAAGAAUUAUGUUCACCGACUAAUUCAAUCAAAAACUGAUGGGAAGCUUGUUGAGUUGAAUGCUCGGUGUGUUGCGGAUGGCACAGCAGAUCGUAAAACUGCUGAUAUGGAAUUUGAUGAGAAAAUUGAUGCUAUUCACAAGGAAUACCAAGAACUCCUUGCUUCCCAAACUAUGGAUCAGCGAAAGCAUUAUGAAUCACUUAUUCUUGAAGCCAAAGAAGAGAAUGAAAAGGAAAUUGCUGAAGCCAUAGAGAAAGCUUGCAGUCACAAGCUACAAAAGAUGCAACUCAAGCUUGAUAAGGUUAAUGAGGAGAAAAUGUUUCUUGAUGAUAUCAAUGAAAAUCUUCGGAAAAAUCAAGAAAUAUGGAAAUCAAAAAUUUUGGAGUUGGAACAGAGGGAGCAAGCAGCAAUGCAACUAAGAGAUAAAAGAAUACAGGGUCUGGAGGCACAGCUUCAAGAUCUAAUGAUUUGCAUUGAGACACCGAAGCCAGUGAUUGAAGUUCCUAGCUCAACUUCAAGCGACAUCAAAGCACCGGCAGCAUCCUGUUCAGGAAGUAAAAGCCCCGGCGGACAAGCUGGAAGGAAUCAGAAUACCUGAAAUAGGAUGGCACUUCUCCGGCGGGAGCGGCCGUGAGCGCACAAUGCAUUGAAAUUGACGGAGCUACAUCUGACCUCUCCCCAGUUUCCAAACAAUCUGUCAUUUCCUCAUCCUCAUCAUUCCCUCUCCUCCAUUUCCGUAGCCCA